CUCCAUGGCCCCUGGCACCGGGUGCUAGAAGGCUUGGGCCGGGCACACGCAAUCGGCCAACGCCGCGGGCUCCGCCCAGGUCCGGAAGCCCAGCGUCCAGGCGUGAGGGAUGCCGGGAGCUCUGCUGAGCCCAAAGGGUCCUUCUCCCGGAAGUUAUUAGACCCGAGGCGGAACCGGAAAAGCCUUCCAGGUACUGGUGCCACGUCCGUCGUUGUUCUGCGGAGUCCCGGAGUGGCGGACCUUGGGAGGCACGAUGGCAGAUUGGACUCGUGCUCAGAGCUCUGGUGCUGUGGAGGAGAUUCUAGACCGAGAGAACAAGUGGAUGGCCGACAACCUGGCCUCCAAGGUUACCAGGCUCAAAUCGCUGGCCUUGGACAUCGACAGGGACACAGAAGACCAGAACCAGUACCUGGAUGGCAUGGACUCGGAUUUCACGAGCGUGACUGGCCUACUCACGGGGAGUGUGAAGCGCUUUUCCACAGUGGCGCGGUCUGGGCGAGACAACCGGAAGCUUCUGUGUGGUAUGGCCGUGGUCUUGAUUGUGGCCUUCUUCGUCCUCUCCUAUCUCUUGUCGAGGACAAGGACGUGAGCCAAUGGUGCCAGAGGGCAGCCAGGCUUUUCUACACCGGCUCUCCUGGUUUCCCCCCCCAAAG